AUGUCUGAAGAAAACUCAUCAACAAUAAUCAAUGAUUCAUCCGGCGAAACGAAACGACGGACUAACCCAAGAAAACGAUCAGUUCGAAAAAGACGAUCUCUUUACAUUGAGCCAAAACCAGUUUGUUUUAUCGGUCAAGGAAACAACGCUGAAUUAAUUGAAGAUAUUUUAAAAUCCAUCGGUUACGAAAAUCGGCCGGACAAAGUUGAUGAAUUUAAAUUCAGAUGGGUUCAAUGUAGCUAUGAAGUAAAUUGGAACUUGUUCAAAGAUGGAGAACAAAUUGUCAAUCAUAUCCAAGGCGAAGAUUAUUUUACAAACAAAUUACAAUUGUAUCAAUCAUUGCAAACGUAUGAAAAUACAUCUCAAACGAUAAUCAAACGUCCAUCGACAUACUUAUCAUUGAAUGAAUACCUUCCUCAAACGUUUAAAUUAGAUGAAAAACACGAUCGAGAUAUUCUUUUCAAUUUACACAAACCUGGUGACGUUUGGAUUUGUAAACCAAGUUGUCUCAAUCAAGGAAAAGGAAUCUACAUAGUACGAGAUAUCAGUUCAUUGAAAGAUAAAUACGAUCAACUGGAAGCAAAUCCCAGAUCGAGAUCGAGUACGUUCAGACAACAAAAUAAAACAAUUGUUCAACGUUAUAUCAUGAAUCCAUUACUAAUUCACGGAAAAAAAUUUGAUAUUCGAUGCUAUAUGUUGAUCUCAAGUGUUCAGCCACUUCUCGUUCAUUAUCAUUCGGGUUACAUUCGACUUUCAAUGUUUGAUUUUGAUCAACACGACGAAAAUCUUUUAACACAUCUGACUAAUCAGUAUAUGCAAAAGAAAGAUCCAAAAUACUAUGAAAUGAAAGAAGAUACAGCUUGGACGAUGGAGCAGUUCAAUGAUUAUAUGAAUAAGUACAUUUUACCAAAGAAAAAUCUUCCUCCAAACUGGGUUUUGGAGGUUUUACCUAAACAAAUUGAACGCAUCAUGUUAAACGUUAUCGAAAGUAUUCGAAUGCGAUUGAAACGACGUAUUGGUUGUUUUGGUUUGUAUGGUUAUGAUUUUAUGAUUGAUAACGAUCUGAAAGUUUUGCUCAUUGAAAUCAAUGUAAAUCCAGCUUUAUCAACGAAUACAAAUACACUUGUCCAAGCGAUUCCUCCAGUUGUUAAAGAAUCAAUUUUAAUAUCAAUCGAAUGCUUUGAGAAGAUUCAUCAUGCAGAAAAGAUUUUUCCAUUAAAAUCUUUGCAAACAUUUCAAUGUAUUUAUAACGAAUUAGAAAGAAAAUCUUCGUUACCAUUAAUCCGACAAAAACGUCAAUUAUCACCAUCGAAAGCAACUAAUACCAAUACAGACGAUAAAGUUCUUCGAGAAAAGACAAAUUUUUUCUAUUCCGUCGACCGUGUUCAAUCGAAUCAACAAGAAAAUGAGCUAUUAAGUACAUUACAUCGAUCACUAACAAAUUCUCAAUUGAUGAGAACGUCUAAAUCAGUGAAUGAUAUUCAUCAAGCACAGAUUCAACGCCGUCCUUUAACAAGACCCAAAUCUAUUCGAUCAAGGUCAAAAUCUUCAAACCGAAUCAAAUCUAACGAACCUGUUCAGACUUCAUGA